GUAGCCGGCAGCAGCGACUAUAAAAGCAACAUUCAAGCUGCUGGUCUGACGAGGAAAUUGUGACUUUCCUUCACGGCGGGUGGUGACAGGCUUUCCCCUAAACUUCCCUCUUGGAUGCCACCGACCAGCCCUCCCUGAAGCAUUUCAGCAGGUUACCAAGGAACCUGAGCCUUAGCCACCACCUGCCAGCCAGUAACUAAGCAAAGCCCAAAAGCCUUCAGCCAUGAUGCAGAUCAGCAGCGACUCGGCCACCAACAAGCACUCCCUCAUCAACGUCAUGCACCGCUUCAUAGCGGCCGCCAACAACAUGGACGAGACCAUCAUGGUGCCCAGCCUGCUGCGAGACAUGCCCCUGGAGGAGCAGGCGGCAGGCCGGGUGGAGCCCAACAACAACAACAACAACAACAGCAGCAGCAGCAGCGGUGGCGAGGAGGAGGAGCCGUGCACCACGCAGCAGAGGGACAUGUACGAGCACUACCUCCUGCUCAAGUCUAUCAAGAACGACAUGGAAUGGGGUCUACUCAAGCGGGAGAUGAGCAGCGGCGCCAGCUUCCUGGAGAUGGCCGUCAAGCAGGAGGAGCAGCAGCAGCCCGUCACCAGGGAGCCGCCGGCUCUGGCUGACAACGCCGACCUGGAGCACCAGUUCCACUUCCACCUGCGAGGACUCUUCGGGGUGCUGUCCAAGCUCACCGUGCAGGCAGACCACCUCACCAACAGAUACAAGCGGGAGAUUGGAGGUGGAAACUUCAUGAGAUAAACACCAGCCUUGUACUGCUCCCUCGGGACUUGAUGGGUUAGGGUCCCCCUUGUCUUUCCCUUACGGAGCAUCAGCACUCCAGCCUCCCCGUCCUGCAGAAACCGGUGAUGCCGAGCAGCACCACGUCCUGGCUGAGCGGGACACUUUAGUGCUCGGUGGAGGUUUAACUGUCCCAAAUGAAGCACAGCAGAAUUUCACCAUGGAUUGGUUGACCAGAGCGUGAAUAAAAGCUUUGACUGUAGGAGAAAUUGAAUGCUGGUUAUUCUGUCCCUCCUCUUUGUUGGUUAUUUUAAACCUGAGCUUAAAAGGGCUCUUAGGAUUACUGUAACAUGGCGUGCCUUGACUCAUCCUCCUGUGUGCUUCCCAUUGUCUAACUGCUUCAACAAGCUCUUAUCUGUCCUAAAAUGUUGAUUUUAUAUUGUGCAAAAAGUACAAAUUAAAAAAAUGGAUAACUUUU